AAUCCAGUUGCUGCCAUUGGUUGCUGUUCGUCACGUGGUUAUUCUGAAGAUGGCGUCUCCAAAUGGAGGAGAUGAUUUUGAAUCUUCUUUGCUAAGCUUUGAGAACUUGGACAGAGCAUCACCAGACCUGUGGCCAGAGCGGUUGCCUGGAGUUGCAGAAUUUGCUGCAUCUUAUAAAAAUCCCAUCACAAACUCACCUCCAAAGUGGAUGGCUGAACUGGAGAGCGAGGACAUUGAAAUGUUGAAAGAGCUUGGCAGUCUGACCACAGCCAACCUGAUGGAGAAGGUCAAAGGGCUUCAGAAUCUUGCUUACCAACUGGGUUUAGAGGAGUCCAGGGAAAUGACUAGAGGGAAGUUCCUGAACAUACUGGAAAGGCCCAAGAAGUGACCAUGCAUUUUUCAAGCAACAAGACCGACUUUUAAAAUUACAAAGCAUUUCAGAAAUAUGUACAUUAAUAUUCUCAGAUAAAUCUUUGAAUGAAGUCUUUGAAAUGUGACAAUAGAUUUCCAAAAACUAUAUUCAGUUUAACUGUUAAACCUUUACACCUUUUGUUCUCUAAAUGCCUUUACUUUUUCCUUUCCACUAAACUUCUCUGUCUUAUAAUUCGAUUAGAUAAAAUGCUCAUUAUUUAUUUUUCUCUUUUAAACAUGAAUAGCUUUUUUGUAACUCCUGAACUUGUAAAAUAAAGUUUUAAAAUGAAAAGAGAA